AUGGCCGCGGAGGAUGGUGAGACGGAGAUGAACGAGGCUGACAAGGUGCAGCAGUCCAUCGCCGUGAAGGUGACGGUUCUUAAGGACCUGCAGGGUGCCCUGGAGCAGCAGCGCGUGAGCUUGGAGGCUUUGCACCGCAGGCAGUCUGAGCUCAGCGAGGAGAAUGCUGCGCUUCGCGAAUGCCUCGAGUCACUCGGCAUCCUCUGCGGACAGGCAUUCCUGAGCCGCUUGCACCGGCGACGCUUAGACCGAGUCCUCAGCCGGCACCCGAUGUCGCAGACGCAGGCGACACUCGAGGCGGUCCUGAGAACGUCCGAGCUGGCAGUGACCGUGGCCAACUACAGCGGGCCUUCGUUCUGCCAAUCGAUACCUGCUGCUCGAGGGAUCGCUGUGAGCACUCCCGAGUUGGAUCGCUUAUUCCCGGCUUCCAUCUACGUGGUAGGAGGAGCUGGCAGCGUGUCGAACCGGCCUUUGCGCACGUUAGAAUGCUUCAGCCCAGCUACGAAGCAGUGCGAGACCCGAGCCCCCAUGUUGCAGCCACGCUGUGUCUGUGCAGCCGUUGCCUGCGGCGACGCGAUCUACGCAAUAGGAGGGCGCGGCGCAGAUGGACCACUUGACAGCGUGGAGUGCUACUACCCUGCCAAGGAUGUCUGGGUACCGGCUCCGCCUCUGAAGAGCUGCAGCGGCUGGCUCGCGGCCACCAGUGCCUGGCAAGGAGUUUGCGUGGCUGGCGGCGAUCGGGAUGAAGCAAACCUCGACUGCCUCGACUCCGUGGAGUUCUUCCAGCCAUCGCUGCGACGCUGGAUUCCACUGCCGCCGAUGGGCACGGCGCGGUGGGCAUCAGCGGCAGCCUUCAUGGCAUCGGCGGCAGCAUUCACAGAAGGCGCAGCCUUCGUGGCUGGGGGCUACGGCCGCGGCGAGAAGGUGCUUUCCAGUGUGGAAUGUCUCGCCUUAGGCGAGAGGGGGUGGCGGAGGCUGCCGUGCUUGCCCACCCCGCGAGCAGCCCAUGCUAUGUCUGCGGUAGCGGGCAAGCUCUAUGUGGCGGGUGGCCAUGGUCUCGAGGACCAGCCCUUGUACUCGGUGGAGCGCUUCGAUCUUUACCUGGGCUGCUGGGAGACACUGCCGAGCUUGGAUCUCGUCCGGGGCACGCUCAGCUCGGCAUGUUGUUCCAGCAAGCUGUACAUCUUCGGCGGCAACGAGGUCAGUUCCGUAGUCGCCGAAUGCUUCAGUCCUCAAGAAGGCUCCUGGGUGUCGAUGGGAAGACUUACAACAUCACGUCGAUGCUUUGCUGCAGCACUGGAACUCCUACCAGAAGCAUGCCAUGGUAGUAUGGCACGACACUGUAUGAGCCUUCACCUGAACUUGGCGCAGGCCUGUUUGCAGCUCAAGGCCUUUGAGGCCACGGUGCAUCACGCCACGCGAGCGUUGAAAGUGGACCAAGACAAUGCCAAGGCUUUUUUCCGGCGUGGCUUGGCGCAGGAGGCCCUGGGCAAAACCCAGGCUGCGGCGAACGACCUACAGCGUGCUGCCAGGAUAGAGCCACGCAACGCGGAUAUCCGCCGGAAGUAUGAAGAGCUAAAGAAAGCUCUUCAAGAGAUGGAGAAGAAGCAGGAAGAGGAAGAGGGGCCGGUCGACCAUGACAUCAGCUCAUUGCCUAGGGCUUGGCUGGAAGUCGCCAUCGACGGUGCUGAAGCCAAGAGAGUAGUCUUUGCCCUUUAUGCCGACACUGUGCCAAAGACAGCGGAGAAUUUCCGCCGGCUUUGCACGGGCGAGCAUCCAGGAACCACAGCGCGUGGGAAACCAUUCCACUACAAGGGCAGCAUCUUGCAUCGUAUGAUUCCUGGUUUGAUGAUCCAGGGUGGCGAUUUCGAGAAUGCCAAUGGGACGGGCGGAGAGUCCGUUUGGUCACGGCGAUUCGCUGAUGAAGGCUUCAGGGACCCCGUCUCGCGACGAGGUCUUCUCUGCAUGGCAAACGACGGCCCCAACACGAACGGAUCCAACUUCUUCGUUUCCUUCGCGGAGGCAGAACACCUUCACAGGAAGCAUGUUGUCUUCGGAGAAGUCUUCAGCGGGUUGGACUUAUUGGACGAGCUGGAGAAGCUCGAGACCAACGAGGAAUGCAGGCCCUUGGUGGAUUGCAUUGUCGUGGACUGCGGUGCCGAUCAGCGUCGCAUCACGGAAGGCUAG